AUGGGCGUCUCCGGUGUGGCUUUGGCCAGUACCGUGGCAGAGCUCUGCAGUGCUUUGGUCUUUGUGGCGCUGCUGCGGCGUCGCGGGCUGCUGGCGCCAAAGCCGGCGCUGCCAGCCAUUUCAACGAUGAAGAGCUUCAUACAGAACGGGAUUGCCGUGCAGGUGAGAUCGGUGACCACCAACUUAAUGUUCCUUCUGGCUGUACGACGUGUCACCAUGAUGGAUCCCAGUGGGGUUCAAGCAGCAGCCUACCAGGUGACGCAGCAGUUCUGGAAUUUAGCAGGUUUUAUCUCCCAAGCUCUUUCAAGUUCGGGCGCUGGACUGAUUCCGAACAAGUACUACGACCAGAAUGCAGGAGUCGACGAUGCGCGCCGGCUCGCAGAUCGACUGUAUCUGUGGGGCUGCUGCUUGGGAAUCCUCUUGUGCCUUCUUCAGCUGGCAUGUUUGCCCUUGGUGGGUAUCCUGGCACCCAUCAAGGAAGUGCAAGAGGCUGCUCGCACCCCUGCGAUCUUGGCUGCGAUACUGCAGAUCCUGAACGGCACCUGGGGCCCAAAAACUGGAGAGAGACGUCCUGCAGGUGCAGUAUUUGCGGGUGAAGGUAUCCUGGUAGGCCUCAAGGCCUACCGAUGGCUGGCGGCCAGCAGUGGCAUCGGCUGUGCGUGCAUGGUGACUUGCCUCUACCUCUUUGGCAACGAUGCCCUGACAGGGCUGUGGUUGGGGUUGUACCUCUUCAACCUCUCCCGCCUUGUGGCUUCGUUGAGUCAUCGCUUCCGCUACGGGCCCUUGGCCCAGCGCGAAGCGACGGCCAUGGAGCUCAUGCCGCCACAGCUGGCGACCCAAGUAAAGUAUGUGUUGCCGGUGCUACAUGAGCGCUGCUCUGCAAUUUUCCGGCCCGCCAAAGCACCCAAAGUGGCUUCCGAUCAACUUCAGGAGCAGCGAAAAGGCAACUAUGGAGGCGUGGAGACGAAAUGUGGCUCAGCAGAGAUGGCAGGCUACGACUUCGUGCUACCCAUCGGCUACGAACGGCCCUGGGAGCGCAGAGGUGUGGCCGAGGCCUCGGAAGCAGAUCCAUACCUCUUGCAGACCUACGAUGUCCGCUUUGGCAAUGCGCUACUGCUGGCAACGCACAACCUCUUUUUCGGAGACCGUUUCAGUGUGCUCUCUCCGAACUAUGGAGGUGCAGCCUAUCGGACCUUGAGGAAUCUCGUGGUGCCGUUACCGUUCACCCUGAAUUGCCGUGCCUGGCGCCACGCCAAAAGCUCCUUGCGGCGCUUCAGGGUGAGCUUCGCGGGGUCCCAGAAUGGUGAGACUCGGCGUUUGAUCCACCGAGCUGCUGUGAAGCUACAAGAUGCUGGCUUCACGGACCUUGCAGUUCGAUUUGUGGUGGAAGAUGAGGCUCGGGCCAAGUUGGCCAAGGAGCCUGCCUCGGUCUUGGGAGCGUGGUUCGGAGAUGAUGUGCGUUCCUUCGAUGAUUUAUUGCUGAAGAGCUACUUUUGCCUCGUGCUGCCUGGUGACGUCUCGGAUUUAGUCAUGGGCUGA